AAAAAAAAAGAAUGAGAGGGAGAGAGUAGAUAGUUUUUUAUUCGAGGAGAAAAAAAGAGCACUUGCAUAUGCAAAGAGAGAAAACGGCCGUGAGAAAAAUAGAAGGGUGUGAUUACUUAAGUAGUGAAUGUGGAGUUUACACAAAAAUGAAGCUGCGUUCUAUAAAUUUCUGAGAAACGGUGAAAGGUAUACCAAUGCUUAAAUUGUCCAAGCAUCCGACCGUUAUUUCUCGUUGCAAACAUACUUUCUCACUCUUCCUACACACUUCCACCGCCCCAAAUUUCGAUCAUCUGAUCGAAAAAUGCUCGUCGAUGAGCCAUCUGAAAGCCCUCCAGGCCCAAAUCACCAUCCGUGGCCUCGCCGGCGACGCGGUCUCCGUUAGCAAGCUCGUAUCUUUCUGUGCUCUAUCUGCUUCUGGUGACCUUCAUUACGCACACUACCUGUUCGAAAAAAUUACUCAACCAAAUAGGCACAUAUACAACACGUUAAUAAGAGCCUUUUCCUGUGGGAGAAGCUCAGAUAAGGCGAUUUUCCUUUACCUAAAAAUGGUGCGUUUCGGUAUUUCGCCAAAUGAGUUCACAUUUCCUUCUCUUCUGAAAGCUUGCGCUUUUCAGAAGGCGUGCGUGGAAGGGAUUUCGGUUCAUUUACAAGCUUUGAAAUUGGGGUUUUCUGAGUCUUAUGUAAUGGUUCAAAACGGGUUUAUAAACUUCUAUGCUAGUUGUGGGAUGAUUGAGUGUGCCCGUAAAGUCUUUGAUCGGAUGGAAUUUACGAAUUUAGUGUCGUGGAACUCUAUGAUCAAUGGUUAUGCAAAGGUUGGUUUGUGGGAAGAAGCUUUCUUGUUGUUUGGUGGAAUGAGGGAAGACGGGAUCGAGCCUAACGGUCGCACCUUUGUGAGUUUGCUAUCCGUUUCCUCGAGGAUUUAUGAUGUAGAGCUGGGAAAGUUUGUUCAUUGGUACAUUGAGAUCAAUGGGGCUCCUUCUGAUACUCAUAUGCAAAAUGCACUUCUUGAUAUGUAUGCUAAGUGUGGGCAUUUGCAGAUGGCCGAGGCCAUUUUCAGACGGAUGGCUGAUAAAAACGUCGUUUCUUGGACUUCCAUGGUCAGUGCAUAUGCUAAGCAUGGCUUGAUUGAACCGGCUGAGAUAGUUUUUAACUGGAUGCCUGUUAAAAAUGUGAUUUCCUGGAACUCAAUGAUCUCGUGUUAUCUCCAAAACGGUUACUAUAAGGAGUCUCUUGAAUUGUUUUACAGAAUGUGUGGUUCUUGUGUGAUCCCUGAUGAGACUACUAUGACUAGUGUUCUUUCAUCGUGUAGUCAGCUUGGUGAUUUGGUGCAAGGAAAGAAACUGCACGACUAUCUGCGUGAUAGUGGCAUACGACCUAGUGUUACUCUGUGCAAUGUCCUUGUAGACAUGUAUGCAAAAUGUGGUUCUGUACAAGAAGCUUUGGAUAUCUUUCUCAACAUGCCAGGGAAGAAUACUGUUUCGUGGAAUACAAUCAUCAACGCUCUUGCCUCACACGGAUCUGGACAUCGAGCUAUUGAGCUUUUCCAAGAGAUGGAUGCAAGUGGGAUGCAACCCGAUGCAGUUACCUUCUCUGGCUUGCUUUCUGCUUGCUGUCACUGCGGUCUGGUUGAAACUGGGAGAUACUACUUCAGUAAAAUGAGUCAGGUGUAUAAAAUACAUUAUGACAUCGAGCAUUAUGCUUGUAUGAUUGACAUACUUGGGCGGCAAGGGUUGUUGAAGGAGGCGGUUGAGGUGAUUGGUAAGAUGUCAGUGAAGCCGGACAUAGUUAUCUGGGGCACGUUGCUUGGCGCUUGCAGGAUCCACCAGAAUGUUCCGAUAGCAAGGCUCGUCUUAAAGCAAAUACUAGAGGUGGAGACGUAUGCUGGAGGGUUGUAUGUGCUCAUAUCAAACAUAUUCAGUGAAGCUCAGCAGUGGGAAGAGAUGAGGAAGAUGAGGAUACUAAUGAAGGACUAUGGUCUCAGGAAGAAUGAUGCAGUAAGCUCCAUUGAAGUUGAAGGUCGCGUUUCUGAGUUCAUGGUUGACGACAAGAAACAUGAGGGUCUGAUCUCAUCUACGCGACGCUCAACCAGCUCAAGGAUCACUUAGAGGGGAUCUUGUAGGAAUUUAGAGCCAAGAUGUCAAUGGCAUUUCUAAUUACA